AAAUGUAGAUGGUUCCAAAUCAAAAACAAAAUGUAUAGUUUUCAGUAACCAUGUCAUGUUUAUCGUCCACCGUUAAUGCUUAUGACACCGUUCAUGCUGUUCAUGCUCCUCCUCCCAGACAGCACAGCUGGCCACAACAUUCUCAACUCACUCCUAGUCCUCUACCCUGCCGUUCACAGACUCCAGCUGCACCUUCCCACCGGCCAGAAUUGGCCUCCUUCUGUUGGCUCACAUCAAGUUCAGUUCAAAGGUCGUCGUUGUCAAGCUCCCUGCUCAUAGUCAGUAAACUAGAGCACCGGCAGGUGGAUGCAUUUUCCCUGCCUGCUGGUUCAAGACAUUCCUCACUCAUCUUUCUCCAGGAUGAGUUGUCUGGCCGCCAUUUCCUAGUUGGUACUGGGGCUUCAGUAUCACUAGUACAUGCUACAACCUCCUCUACAGCUUCCAGUGAAAGGUUACUUACGGCAGACGGUUAUACAGUUUCUAGCUCAGGUUCCAGGAUUAUUCCUUUACAUUUUGGUUCCUGGAAUUGUGCCUGGUUAUUUCAUUUAUCUCCAGUCUCUGUUCCAAUCUUGGGAGCAGAUUUCCUCCAGCAUCUUGUAAAGAGUCAGAAGGUGUUUUCCAGCUCCUCCUCUGAUGGUUCUGUGAUUAGUUUGCCUUCAUCUCCGCCUUCUACAUCCUCUACUCUGCAUUCUGCUUUUCUCUGAUUUUUUGG